GCGUCCGGGCCGGCGGAGCUGCGUCGGCGGGGUUGGCCGGGGCGGCGUGGCGCUAGAGCCUGGGCGGGCGGGACGAGGGCCGGGGGUCAAGGCUGGGGAGCGGGUGGCGGGCGGACAGGUGGCUAGUCCCUUGGGGUUGUUGGAGCGGGCUGAGCUCCGGUCCCCGCGCAGUCCGGGAGAGGAUGCGACCGGGUGCCUUAGGGUGGGGCGGGCGGCGGCGACUGCAGCGCUAGCGGCGCGGGGGGUGGGCGGCGGCGGCAUGAGGCGCGGGGUCGGUGUCCGCGGGAGGGUGGCGCUGCCGGCGGCCCUGCCGCUCCCGCUGCAGCUGCUCGCCGGGCUCGCAGUGCCCUGCCAGCUGGGCUCUGGCCGCUCUCGUCCCGGCCGCCGCCGGGGCUGCCGCUGGUGACCAGUCGUCACGCCGCCGGAGGCUUCACCCGCGCCCUCUCUCAGGACGCGCCAGCGGAGCUCCGGCCCUUUCGCCCCGGACGCGGAGGCCGCGCUGCGCGGGGCGAGGCCGGAAGAUGGCCUGGGUGCUCAAAAUGGACGAGGUGAUCGAGUCCGGGCUGGUGCAUGACUUCGACGCCAGCCUCUCGGGCAUCGGGCAGGAGCUGGGCGCCGGCGCUUACAGCAUGAGUGAUGUCUUGGCAUUGCCCAUUUUCAAGCAGGAAGAUUCCAGCCUUCCAUUGGAUGGUGAAACUAAACACCCACCCUUUCAGUAUGUGAUGUGUGCUGCAACAUCACCAGCAGUAAAACUGCAUGAUGAAACACUCACUUACUUGAACCAAGGUCAGUCUUAUGAAAUUCGGAUGCUGGAUAAUCGGAAAAUGGGAGAUAUGCCAGAGAUUAGUGGAAAAUUGGUAAAGAGCAUCAUAAGGGUUGUAUUCCAUGACAGACGGCUACAAUAUACAGAGCAUCAGCAACUUGAAGGUUGGAAGUGGAAUCGCCCAGGAGACAGACUUCUUGAUUUAGAUAUUCCAAUGUCUGUGGGAAUAAUUGACACAAGGACAAAUCCAAGUCAGUUAAAUGCGGUUGAAUUUCUGUGGGACCCUGCAAAACGCACAUCUGCUUUCAUUCAGGUACACUGCAUCAGCACAGAAUUUACUCCACGGAAGCACGGAGGUGAAAAGGGAGUGCCUUUUAGGAUCCAGGUUGACACCUUUAAGCAGAAUGAAAAUGGGGAAUACACAGAUCAUCUACACUCAGCUAGCUGCCAAAUCAAAGUUUUUAAGCCUAAAGGUGCAGAUAGGAAACAAAAAACUGACCGAGAGAAGAUGGAGAAGAGAACAGCUCAUGAAAAAGAAAAGUAUCAGCCGUCAUAUGAUACCACAAUCCUCACAGAGAUGAGGCUUGAGCCUAUAAUUGAAGAUGCAGUUGAACAUGAGCAGAAAAAGUCCAGCAAGCGGACUUUGCCAGCAGACUACGGUGAUUCUCUGGCAAAGCGAGGCAGUUGUUCUCCGUGGCCUGAUGCCCCCACAGCCUAUGUGAAUAACAGCCCUUCCCCAGCGCCUGCUUUCACCUCCCCACAGCAAAGCACCUGCAGUGUCCCAGACAGCAAUUCUUCUUCACCAAAUCAUCAGGGAGAUGGAGUUUCACAGGCCUCUGGUGAACAAAUCCAGCCUUCAGCCACGAUCCAGGAAACACAGCAGUGGUUGCUCAAAAACAGAUUCUCUUCCUAUACAAGACUGUUUUCUAAUUUUUCAGGUGCCGACUUACUAAAACUGACAAAGGAGGAUUUAGUUCAAAUUUGUGGUGCAGCCGAUGGAAUUCGGCUCUAUAAUUCACUGAAGUCAAGGUCGGUUAGGCCCCGUUUAACCAUCUACGUCUGCCGGGAACAGCCAAACAGCACAGUGCUGCAGGGGCAGCAGCAAGCUGUGGGCAGUGGAGGCGAGAGUGGCAGUGGGACACCCUAUGUUUAUCAUGCAAUCUACUUGGAAGAAAUGAUUGCCUCAGAAGUGGCUCGAAAACUUGCGUUGGUGUUUAAUAUUCCUUUCCACCAAAUUAACCAGGUUUACAGACAGGGUCCCACUGGUAUUCACAUUCUUGUUAGUGAUCAGAUGGUUCAGAACUUUCAAGAUGAGAGUUGCUUUUUAUUCUCCACAGUGAAAGCUGAAAAUGGUGAUGGUAUCCACAUAAUUUUGAAGUGAUGUCUUAUGUAGACUGAACUAUAUUCAGUACCAAAUAAAGUCACGCUUAAAAGUGUGUGAAGACUGAAUCCAAGAAGUCUUGGGAUUGGAUUUUACCAUAUGAAAUGUUUCAUAUUGAAAACACAAGAUGACCUUUCUAAUGAGCUGUAUGAGAGGUGAAUCUCCUCACUGUCACUGCCAUAGCCAAGCAUCCUCGUGAGAGUGAGCACAUCGGGACAGUGUGCGUCCAGCUCUGGAGGCCAUGGUGUAGGCGUAGCUGCCUGCUUCUCUGGCAGAGGCCAGUAGAUACAGUUCCUAGAAGCAGCCUUUGCUGUCUUUUUACACUGUAUGCGGUUUGGAAAUGAAUGUAAAAACUUACUGUGGGCAUUUACCUUUCUGUGCCAGUUUGGCUUUUAUUGCCUGAACCUUAUGCUGACCUAGGGAGGAAAUGAGGGGACAGUGCUGUUGUGGAGCCAGCGUGGAAUCUGUCUGCGGAGAGAUGUGUUGUGCUCACGUGGCGACUGGUGGUCAGGUAAGAGGCUCGGCACCUUCUCGGAAGAAAUCAUGUCUAAGGGUGUACGUCUGAUGUGAUCAUGCCGGAACGGAGAACAUCCAAGCCAGGAAGAUGGGCUUUUGAAGCAAACUGCAUUUAUCAGGAGUACCUUGGUGAGAGGAUCAGUGUAAAUCCUAAUAGGUACAAAGACUUCGUGUUUUUGCUUUGUCACAGAUUAAUUGAAAAACUUUUUGCUUCUGCCUCCAUUUUAGCAUUUUAGUUUCUGGUUUUCAUUUUUUGAAGUUUCCUUGCCUUUUAAACUCUUAUGAUUUUCUUUCUCAUUUUCUUUCCCCUCUUCAUCUGACUUACUACCCCCAACACCAUUUUGUUCUUAAACAUUUUUAAAACCCUACGCCAGACAUUGGAAAAAAGUAUUAUUGUUGAUAGCUUCUGACUUUGGUGUUAAGGGAUCUUUAUCGUGAACAAGAUGAAAUUUUUCAUGGAAACACUAGAUAUGUCAUAAAUUAAACACUAAAAUGUACCAUACAAAUCCCUUAAGCCACUCCUCAAAUAUUGAGCUUUAGUACAAUCAUGGACAUUCUGAUGAUUAUUUAGGGGCUUUUUAUACACCACAUAAUAGCGUUUUCCUAUGAAGAGUGCCUCUUUAAAUAAAACCAAAUGCUUGUCUGCUAGCAUACUUUUCAAAGGGAAUCCACUAUUUUCUCAUUUUUCUCCUAUUACCUUUAUCUCCUCCCUUCACCCAGAACCUUCCCAAAGUUCAUCAGCAAGCAUUUUUGAGGCCUGUGGUGUAGCAGAUAAAAAAAAUUUUAAGCUUCUAUUCCAUUUUAAUUAUGGCAUCUCUCUGUCCAUUUACCUAAGUGUUUUGGCUUUGAAUGUACUAUCUGAUCCUCAUCUUUGUUCAGGCAAAAAUAGGAAUGAGUAGAUAAACUACUGCAGUGGGUAAAAGCUUUGACAUUUUAUGUUUUAAUCAUAAAGGGUUAUUUGCUACAAAGAAGCACGGUCUCAAUAUUUUUAUCUUCAGUUUGAAAAUACCUGUAACUCCUAUAGACCCUGUAGGAGGAGAGCUUUCCUUUCUGUCCUUUUCCCUUUGCUUUUGUAUGACCACAUGUUUUCCAUACCAGUCACUUGGGAAAGAAGUGAGCUCAUCUCUUCUUGUUUUAGAGUUUUGCUUGUCUAUUUAGCAUUCCCUUUUCGGUCUCAAGAUUUAUGGAACAAUAAAUGUCAUUUAAUGCUGUGUGCUAUUUUGAAUUCCUCGUCAGGUUUUAAAAUGGGAUAAAAAUACUUAGAAGCUCAUCAAACUUGAAAUUACACUGAGUGGCAUUGAACAUGAGUCUGUCCCAAGUGAAACAGGUUAAAUAAAUUAUGGCACCAGCAAAUUUGUUACUUUGUUUUUUUAAUAGUAGGAUGUACACAUUUCAGUAUAAUAAAUGUUUUCCGAUUGUUUUGCAAA